GCUACAGUCCCUCUGGGCGCACGUGCAGAGCUGUGCCACGUCCCUGGGCUUCGGCGUGUCACUUUGGAUCUUCAGCCUUGGACAUUGCCUGGUCUAUUUGGUGGGACCCGACCCUUUCGGUCAGCUGAUAGAGUAUGCGACGUGGGUUUGGGCCACUGGAAGCUUUCUGGUGCUGGGGACGCUGCUAGAGAUUCUUGCCCGGGUUUCUGCGCAGGGUGGACCGGUGUGGCGGUGGCGGUCCUGGCGGCGGAUGAUGAUUCCUCUCUGCCAUCAGCUCGAGGCCUUAGUUCUGACUGUUAUGACCUUCAGACUGGGCAUGAGCAUCUAUCUUUUACAUGUGGCUUUACGGGGAGGCGCCCUGCCGGUUUCGGUGUCGAAUCUGGACAAGGCCACCGUGCUAAUCCUCUGCGUCUAUCGUGCCCUCCGCACUUGGGAGGAGUUUCGGGGAAUUUCGGUGCAGGAGACGCUGCACGAGAGAAGGAAAAAGGCCAGCAUGAAGAAGCUCUGGAUGCACGAAUUCAAGGAGGCUUGGCAAGAGCACCGGGCACGGCAAGUGGUCCGAAUUCAGCAAGUCUUGAACAAAAAGUGGGUACAGAUGCUCUUCUUCGUCUCCUCUCUCACUUACUGCGCAGUGGAGUUCUUCGCCUUCGUGCGUACCUCGGAGGUUCUUGGCUACGCGCUCCUAUUUGCUCUUGGUGCUGAGUUUCUUCUUCGAGCAUGGGCUCAAGGUGGUGAGCACUUCUUCCGGCCGUCUCUGAACAAGAUGGAGUUCUGUGUGCUCGCGGCAGGGACGUGGUGCUUGUUCUAUGCCACCUGGUACACGCAGUACCUGGUUUCGUCAAAGAAUGAGGCGACGGCGUUUGCCACGGCGACGGCGGUGCUUCUGCUCAUUCACCGGUGCCUCCGGCUCCUAGGAAUCCAGCUGAAGAUCUCCGCCAGCGAGUUCGAUGCCGACUCCGUUGCCUCCUCCCUGGCUGUGCAGGCCUUCAUGACCAAUCUUGGCUGCUACGUGGACGUGCCGCCCACGAAUGUCAAAGUGGACCUUUCCGCCUCCAGCAUCCACAUCCAGAAAGCCAGCCUGAAGCCGGAGACGUUGGAGGGUUUGCAUUUGCCUUUGGCUGUGACCGGGGCCCUUGUGGAAGACCUCUUCGUAGACCUUUCCAGCGAUUCCAAGGAGAUGGGCAGAUUGACCUUUGCCUCGCGCACGCACGGCCGAACCCGAAUCCGCGUCAAGAAUCUGUUGCUGGUUCUGGGGCCCGGCCCGGGUCUAUCUUCCUGCCCAAACAAGGGCGGAGGUCAUUGGCACUACCAGACUGUGCUGGCCGCGAAGUGGCGCGUCGUCAAGAUGAUCUGCCAGAGGCUCACAGUUCCUGUCGUAGAGGCCACGGCGGUCAGGGAGUCACAGGACUCCCUCGGCUCACUGGGCUCCUCGAAGAGUUUGCAGGAGAUGAGGAGGAGCUUGAUGAGAGAUGUGCGACAGAGUAUCACCAGGAUGCCUUAUACCGAGAUGCACCUGCGGAAUGUCAGUGUGCAGUUCGAGGAUCCCGACUCACGCCUGGGCUAUGGAUGCUUCCUCCUCGGCAUGAAGUUAGACUCCCUGAAGCUCGACUGGCACCAGGGCCGCCAUUGCCACGCUCAGCUGGCACGCUGGUCUCUCUAUGCAGAGCCCUUUGCGGCAGCAGACAGCAGUGGAGUUCUCCUGCGAUCGAAGCCGAGAAAAGUGGCUCAGGAUAUGGUGAAGCUGAACAGCGCUGAGCGGCUUCGUUCCUGGGCUUUCGCGAGCAUGGAGGACCAUCGUCGAAAUCCUCUGAAGCAGCUCCGGCGAAUGGAGCGCUUUGCAGACAGGCACAACAUCCUGACGGUGCAGCAUGUGACCAUUCGAG